AUGGCGGCGCCGAACAGCAGGCAGCAGUGGACGAGCAUGUUCCGGUCAAAGCACGGCAGCCAGAUGUGGCAGUCGCAGGCCGACAUGAGCGGCUCGCCCCCCUCCCUCGUCUCCGGCCACUCCUUCAAGUCCUCCUUCUCCGCAGGUAAGAGUCAUGAUCAUGGCUCGUUUGUUCUUAUAGGGCCCGAUCUGGGGAGGAGCACGGAGACGAAGCCGCGUUGGAACCCUCGGCCGGAGCAGAUCCGGAUCCUGGAGGCGCUCUUCAACUCCGGCAUGGUCAACCCGCCGCGCGACGAGAUCCCGCGCAUCCGCAUGCGCCUGCAGGAGUACGGCCAGGUCGGCGACGCCAACGUCUUCUACUGGUUCCAGAACCGCAAGUCCCGCUCCAAGAACAAGCUCCGCAACGCCACCGCCGGCCGCGCAGUGCCGGCGCGGUCCUGCGCACCGGCCCGACAAACCCAGGCCGCGCCGCCGUAUAUGCCCCCAACCCCUCCCAAGCAGUUCCAGCCGCAGCAGCAGAAGCAGCAGCUACUCUUCUCGCCGGUGGCGCCUACGUCUUCUUCCUCCUCCUCUUCCGACCGGUCAUCCGGAUCCAGCAAGCCGGUGAAGCCAGCCGCCACGCAGGCCAUGGACCUGCUCUCGCCGAUCGCCGCGUCGUGCCACCAGCAGAUGCGGCACCAGCUGGGCCUGGACCAGGGCCAGCCUGCGGUGUCGGCUCCCCUCCUGGCUCCUGCACCGACGGUGAACGAGCCCACGCCGGCCGCCGAAGGCGAGCCGAUCUUCCUGCAGUACCCGCAGCAAGGGAACUGCCUGCCGGCGGGCGAGCUCGCUGCCAUCCUCGGCGCCCAGUACAUGCCCGUGCCCGCUGUGCAGCAGACACUACCGGCGUCCAUGCUCUCGGGGCUUUACAACGAGCUGUCGCCAGCGCCCACCAGCACGGGCCACACGAACAGCGGCUGGGCCGGCGGGCGUGGCCAGUACUGGCCCAGCGGCGCUGACGAGCAGCUCGGCCUCGGCAAGCCGUUGAACGCCUCGCUCGUCGCCAAUGAAGAGGCGCACGAGGACUUCACCAAGCUGGGGCUGCUGCAAUACGGCGUAGCCGUCACUACGACGCCGGCCACCUCUUCGGCUGCCGUUUGGCCGCUUCCGGCUUCGCCGGAUCCAACCUCCGUCACCGUUGCGAGUGCGGCUGCUCCAGCAGCUGGGUUGACCAGUUUAUUUGCAGCUACUGAUGCGAUCACCUACAAUCACUUGCAAGGACCAGGGGGCGAUGUUGGGUUCGAGGGCGCAGCCGGCGCCGGAGCCGGCACGGCGGGAACCGCGGCGAGGGGCGCCGCCGUGGUGUGCUUCGCGGGUACCAGCGCCGCGUGCAGCGUCCCGGCCGCACACCUCGACGUGAAGCUCUACUUCGGCGAAGCGGCCGUCCUGUUCCGCUGCAACGGUGACCGGCCGGAGCCGCUCCUCGUCGACGAGACCGGUCACACUGUCGAGCCGCUCCAGCACGGCGGCGUGUACUACUGCGUGCUGAUAUAG